CGCGGUUAUUUGACAUGUAAGAAAACGAAGAAAGAUGAGGACGAUCUUCCGGUCUCUCUUCGUCGUCUCUGUCUCUCCGUCCUUGGAUGAUCUCAUGGGUGAUGACCAGAUGAGUUUUGAAGCGAAUCCCAGGAAAACCUACCUCUAUCUCUAAUUGGCAGAGAGCAGCAAGUUAAUGGCUGCUGCAGAAGUAAGAGCUGCUUGGCAGCGUGCUACUAAUCGUCGCAUUAUCCAAGAAGAUGCCAGGAGGGCUCCAAAAUUUUCAGGCAGCCCAUCACCUUCUUCAUCAAACUUGGAGUCUGAUGGUGCUCCUGGUGAUUGCACUACUGGCCGAGAUCAUGUAACCCCUGUUCGGUAUCCCCAAAAACCCAAUUCCAACCUGCCGUCCAAUGUAAAAUGGUGGUUGCACCUCCAACACGAUAUUGAUAAUCAGAAGGACAUUUCCUAUGAACAGCAUAACAUGUUUGAAGCUGAAAUUGAAUGUUUGAAUACUGGGUUUAUUAAUGAAAAUGAAAAAUUAUGUGAGAAUCUCCAGACUGUUGAGGAAAGCAUUACUCUGACAAUGCAUAAUGACAAGUAUUUAUUUGAGCAUUCAUCUAAGAUCCCAGCUACUUGCAAAAAAAAUGAGCUGGGUGCCAGAGUCCAGGAACUAAAGGCCACACUUGCUCGAGAACGCCAAAAGGAUGUGGGUGGUUUCUGGUGCCCAGAUGAUUGCCUGAUUGACUUGGAAUUUGACUGCUUGGUAUAUGAACAGCCAAAGAAGCUUUCUUCUGAUUUGGAAUCUGAGUGGAUGGGUGUUGAGAAGACUGAGCCAUGGUGGCGCACAGCUGGUAAGGAUGAGUUGCCUUCCUUGGUUGCUCAGAAGUCACUUGGGCAGAUUGAGAAUUGUGAUCUUCCUCAACCUUUGAACAAGCAUUUAAGGAAGGGACCAUCUGCUUCUAUGGAGUUUCUUGACUACAGUGAGUCUUUGGCUUCUUCAGACUGGACUACUGGGGUGCAGCUCCGUAAACUUGCCAGCCAUACUCAAGGAAGUCCCACUUCAGCUAGUGUUCAUAAUGGUAGUAAUGUGACUCCAUCAAGAUGUGUGUCAGAGAGAUUAUUCAGUGGCAAUAACUCGGAUGCAAGAAACAAGGAUGAGGCGGGGUACCAAAAUUCAUCAGAGAUGGAUCCAAGCAAAGCUCAGUUGUUGGAAGCACUGUGUCACUCACAAACACGAGCAAGGGAGGCCGAGGAGGCAGCCGAGCAAGCCUAUAAUGAGAAGGAGCACGUCCUCACCCUUUUUUUUCGACAGGCUUCACAACUCUUUGCUUACAAACAAUGGCUCCAUAUUCUGCAGCUUGAGAACUUCUACCUUCAGUUUAAAAACAAGAAUGCUCCGAUUUCUACUUUUUUCCCUUCAAAGAAGAAGUCUCAACACAAGGGUAGGAGGAGGAGGAAACAUAAGUCAUCAGUAUAUGAGAUUACCAAGUGUGCUGUGGCAUUUGCAGUGGGGCUGAGUCUUGCUGGUGCAGGGUUGCUUCUUGGUUGGACCAUGGGCUGGUUGUUUCCGACCACUUGAAGAUACGGUGCGUGGUAACCCAUCUUCUUGUUGUGUGGAUGGGUUGGAUUGCAGUGAUUUGUGUUACUUUGUAUAAAUGGCAGAUACUUGUACUAUUUAUUGUAGAUUGUUCAGACGUAAAUGCUGAGUGUAAAUUAGUGAAACUUGAUUGUGAUUCCAAUGUUACUCCAAGCCCACCUCUAUUAUGGUGUGGGCUUAGGAACUUAUGUACCUAUUAGGCUAUUGAACUUCUCGUCAUUUUUCUGCGUCUUAAAUCCCUUUUUUGCAUUGGGAAAUAUUGUUGUA